AUGGCGUUGGAUAUAACAGCCGGCAUACUUGGGAUUGAAGCUGAAGUAGCUCAAAACAAGGUGAAGCAUUUAAAGAUGUGGAUUUUUGAGUGCAGAGAUCCAAGUCAUCAAGCUUUCAACCUAGGUCUGGCUGCAAUAAUUCUUCUUUCCCUGGCUCAGAUCAUUGCUAACUUGCUUGGCGGCUGCAUUUGCAUCAGGUCGAGGGGAGAAUUCGAAAAGGCAUCCGCUAACAGGCAGCUAGCUGUAGCUUCCCUUUUCUUCUCAUGGAUCAUAUGGGCAAUUGGGUUCUCAAUGCUGAUCAUCGGGACAAUGGCAAACUCAAAAUCAAGAAAAUCAUGCGGAUUAUCACAUCAUCGGAUCCUGUCCAUUGGAGGCAUUCUGUGUUUCAUUCAUGGAAUCUUCACAGUUGCCUAUUAUGUAUCUGCCACUGCUUCGGCCAGAGACAAUUCUCGGCAUCAAACACCCACUGAUCCUCAGGCUUAG